AACAAAACCAAAAAAGAUACCUUUUGGAAAAAAAACAACGAUAUACUUGUUCCACUCACCAUCUCCCCCCACCCACACCAAAACCCACAAACACAUACAAAAUAAACGAAAAUACCCCAUAUGCGCUCACCCACUCAAGUUCCCAUCCCAAUUCCCACUCGCAGCGGAGGAUACUUUGCUCCUCGAGGUUCCUCUCCUCCCAAAGCAGGAGCAUUCAAGGACCGGAUUACGGAGAUGCAUGCUGUGGGUGUACGCAAGGGGGAUCCGUUUGCUUCUGGGCGGGUGGACAAGGAAGUUACAAGUUUUCGAAAACUCUAUGACCGAGGAGAUUUUCCAAUCGCAGUCAACCACGACGCCAAAGGCAACAAAAUCAACUGGAAAGUCGAUAUCGAAAAACUAGAUUACCAUCACUACCUCCCUCUGUUUUUUUCUGGGUUAUGCGAAACGGAGGAACCCUAUGCGUUUUUGGCUAGACAGGGGAUUCAUGAUUUGCUUGAUAAAGGGGGAAUCAAGAUUUUACCUGUUGUUCCGCAAUUGAUUAUUCCAAUCAAGAAGGCGUUGAAUACUCGUAAUAUCCACGUUAUCACAACGACACUCAAAGUCCUUCAACAUUUGGUUGAAUCGGCGGAUAUGGUCGGAGAAGCCCUCGUCCCAUACUAUCGACAAAUCCUCCCCGUCUUUAAUCUAUUCAAAAACAGGAAUGUCAACCUCGGCGAUGGCAUUUACUAUUCCCAACAAAAACGGGAAAACAUUGGAGACCUCAUUCAAGAGACGCUCGAAAAGUUUGAAUUGACCGGUGGAGAGGAUGCGUUCAUUAAUAUCAAGUACAUGGUGCCGACGUAUGAAAGCGUCUUGUCGAGAGUGUGAUAUGUGUGUGUGUGUGUGCGUUUUUCUCUAAUUCUUUUUUUUUGCCAAAAAAAAAAUAUAAAAAUACAAUUUGUUGAUCGUUACGGUAUGUCACUGUACGAAAAACCCGGC